AUGUUUCUCCCAACUCUUACUCUAUUAAUUCUCUUAUAUUUCCCUUCCAACGUUUUAACAGCAACCACUAAAGCUACGACUACAACGACGGUAUCAUCUGAAAAGCUCUUUUGUUCUACCUGCUCUUAUGAAUACACAUUUAAAGAACUACGAAAUCAAUCGACUUGGCUAUCCCCUUGGUCUCGUUGUGAAAAUCAGACAUCAUCCACUUCUAAAUUUGGUGCAACAGCCUGUCAUACACUUCUUCGCAUUGAUUAUGCUCGUCAAUACGUCACAAUCUACUACAAUGCCUCCUACCGAUCAGUGAAAAAAUUGGCUGAUGAUGACCGUCGCGUUGUCUUCGAGACCAUUAUGAGUACAAAUGGUAGUCGUGCGCAAUUCAAAGCAUUCUAUGAAUGUUCAUUUGAAGAUAAUUGUCACCUACCAUUAGAUCACUUUCUUCAACUUCGAGGGGCCUUGACUUUUGCAAAUUACAAUCACACAAACUUAAUCAGACGACUUAAUCAAUUUUAUAGCAAACCAAAAGUGGAAGUUUCUAGCUAUUUUCAUGCUGAUACAUUGACGAAUACCUUGAAUGCAUACUGUGGUGAAAUGGGUCAGUUUGAUAAAGAAAGUUUGAAAACAGUGCAACCAAAGUGUUUGAAGAAGAAAGAUAAAUUAAAAUCGAAGUUCACGGAAUUCGAUAAACAUAUAAAAGCAACGGUAUACACAUGCAAUGGCCCUGAAAACAAAUAUUGCAAUAAUGAUAAGAAACUAAAAGAAUUUUUACAUGGAGUUACAUUAACGGAUUAUAUUCAAAAAUUUUUUGGAUGGCAACACGUAAUACAAAAAAACUAA